GUGGCUCUGCGAGUUCUCCCUUUUCUCGGCUUUGCAUCCUGCUGCAUCUUCACUACUCGCAAAUCAAAUGAAAAUUAAUUAGCUUUCUGCAGUGGGUGUUUAUAUCUCAUAAAUGUUAAUAAUGAGGAUGUGAUCUAAUUAUCCCUACAAAAAUGUCUGUUACUUAGAACCAUUUUUUACCGAAUCUGUUAGCAAAAUCAAGAGAUAUGGACUUAGCUGAGACAAUGAAGAACGUCCUCGCCAAGGGGAUGCAACAGACGUCGGUUAAUGACCUGCCGACUUCUGCAAAUAUGGGCUUUCCUGGUACAGGUUAUGUCACAGAAAAACUGUACAUGUUACUACAACUGUAUUUGCAAAACAAGGGUUGGAACCCUUCGGUCGAAUUGCUGCAAUGUUUCACAGAACUUAAGGAGACUUCCAUGCUUCCCAGUGCUGCUUAUUUACAAAUGAUGGCAUCUAGAGUAACUUUAGACUCGCAGGGUCGGUUAAUUCUAAGGGAAAAUGGUAAGAUCAUCUUGCCUUUUGAACAUUUCGCCAAUGCUGUGAUGCUGAAACAUAUGAAUGGACCACAUGGCUUACAUUUAGGGGUUGAAGCAACAGUGAGGGCUGUUAUGGAUUCAUAUACAAUAGGGAGAGAGAAUUUCGGAAUGGAAAAAGAAUUCAUUGUAGAAGUGGUGCAGAAUUGUCCCAACCCAGCAUGCAGAUAUUACAAAAAUCAAAUGGAACUUACGCAAAAGACGUUACAACACUUGAAUGCUGGAUAUUUGGGUGAAUCUCAAUCUGGGGGAAAUGAUUUACGAAGCAGACUGGGAGCUGUAGAUUUAGCAAGUCAGAGUAGUAUGGAGGUAAAGCCAACCCCGCCCAUCAUGGAACGCCCAAAAUCCGUAGCUCCUACUCAACAGCAAAUCACAGCAGCUCUGAUUCAACAACAGAAUCGCGUCAUCGCACAACAAAACAUUGAAAAACUGAAUGCCAACUUGGAAAAGCAACGUCAACAGAUGCAAUUGCAACAACAGCUUGAUCUUGCCAAAGGACAACAGCAGAAGCAGCAGCAGCAACAACAACAACAGCAGCAGCAACAACAGCAGCAGGUGCAACAACAACAACAACAACAGGCACAACAGCAGCAGCAGCAACAUUUUGAAUUGCCGUUAAUGGAGCAUAAGAUUACCGACUUUUUAAGAGUCAAUUUGGAAAAUUUGGAUGGACUAUCUUCUGCCAAUAAAGACUUAUUGGCGCUCCACAAUGGUGCUUGGACACCCACAGCACCCAACACGCCCUCGUCAUCAUCGUCCACUUCCGUGGAUAAAAAUUUAUCAGAGGGAGGUCAAGAAAAGAUCGUGAGAGCUUUCAGUGAGGUGAUGAAGAACAUGGCUAGGAUGAAGACUUACGUUCGUCCGGCGAUGUGUAAACCUUAUGGCAAACAAUCUGAGGCAUUGCAAAAAACACUCAUGGACACCAUCCAGUUGAUCCAGUCCUUGAGAAGUUUCCUUCCCCCACCACACAUCCAAGUAAGUUCUUGGAAAAACGAAGAUAAACAUCGUUAUGAAGAGUCUUAAGUUUGUAGAAGGUUUUGUACUGUUAGGUAAGUAUGAAUGAUAAACCAGUUGAUAUGACCAAUAUUAUUCAACAGAAACAAUAAAUAUUCUAUGUGCUUUCAGGGAUUAUAUCUCAUUUCCAGCGACUUAAACAGAAAUAAAUGAAAUUCUCUUAGAUUUGUCUGAGUUUAACCUUCUCAAGUUAUAUAGACUGUUCUUGUAGAGCGUCUUAAUAAUUGAUGUUUGAUUUCAAUAUGAUUUCAUACUACCUGUGCGCACAUAGCAUAUGUGUUGUGAAAAUACUUGUUUUUAAGAGUGGUCUGAAAGUUAUUGUGUAGAUUACUUUCUGGAGAUCUUGUGAGACACCGACCUUUAAAUAAAUGAAGGAUUAGGCUUGCAGACUUGCGUGUUUUCAAGUUGCAUGCACGCUGCGAGUAAGCUGCUUGAGCCUUAAUCAAUGAAAUGAUUAAACCUUCAUCUUACCCCAAAUCUGGGGAGAGAGGAGUUCUGAAAUUCUUUCGGUUAAAUUUAAAAUUUACAUUAUAUUUUCAGUCCACUCCCAUUUUUUGUUAUUUGUUAAUCAUAGACAAUUAAUCACACUAUAUCUCAGUGAUUUAAGUAACAUUUUUACCAUUAGCAGCAUAUAAUCACUCCUAUUGAUAAGCAGCUCGAUUAUAGCCAGUUUUUUACAUCCUUUAAAAGGAUAUAAAUAGUAUUUUUAUGUUCCUUCUAGUUUUAGUGAUUUUUUUGUUGUAAUUUAGUGAAAAUUUAUAGUGGCAAUCGAUUUUUUAUGUUAUGUACGAAAUUUCGUUCGUUUUAGACUUAUUGGUUUAAAUAUUGCCUUUGAAAAUUGUAGCAAAAUCGGAACUAAACGGUAAUUAAUGAUUUUUACUACUUUCCCAAUUAAAAGUGAUUAAAAUGUAACGGUUAAAAAAUUACGAUACCGUCGUGAGAUCAGUUACGAAUCAGCACAUUGUUUUUAAACUGUAGUGAGUAUUUACCACUGAACAGUGUACCAAGUAUGUUGUUUGUUUGACAACAAGUGAGUGCUAGGCAAACAUAUAACAAUGGAAAACAAGCCUCUUUUUUAAAUGAAAUAAUCUGCAGUGUUGUUUUAAAACUUAAUACAAAGCGCGUUAUGUCAUUCUUUUCAUUCAAAUACUGUUUAAUAAAAAUGAACUAAUUUAAGGAAUCGAUGCCGUGCAGGAGUCAUGAAACCGAAUCAUAAAAAGAAUCGAUUUAGAACGUCUCUAAUUCCAAACAAAAAAUCUUUGGAAUUUUCAAUUUGAAUGUUUUUUGCGCUUAUUGCAACCAAUACAAAGGCAAUACUUGAAUCUAAACAUUUUAUUUAAUUUUUAUUGUUGGUACACACAUCUCAAAUCUUCCAGUUUAUUGGAUAGGAUGUAAAUAUAUCAUAAAAGCUCUCUGAAUGUUGUACAUGAAAGGAAAAAGUUUUUGAUCUGAUCGAAAUGAAAAGUUUUGUUAAAUGUACAAAUUUACGAAGAAUGCAAAUCUAUAAGAAAAGAUGUAAAUACAGGAUGGAAUAGAGAAAUAUUGUAGAGGAAACCAAGUCCCAUAACCAACUAGGAGCGGUCAAUAUGGAACUAUUCUCGUGACAAAUUAAUCAGAAAAUCCUAAAAAGAGCAAACAUUGCGUGGGUGAUAACCAUGAUGGCCAGCACCACAUUUAUUAACAAUUACAUUCUUGCAAAAUAUGGUGCUCUAACAAUAAUAACUGAUGAUAUAAUUUUAAUUCUCUAACUUUUUUUACAAAAUUAUCUGAAAACAAUUUCUUUUCGCUAUUUACUAUAUAUAUUCGUAUAUUUUGCAGUAUUUGCUAACAAUUAUUUCCAAUAUGUCAUUUUUUUGUAGCCCCACGUUGGGCGCCAUAAGAUCGAUCAAAAACUUUUUGAACAGGUGUAAGUUGUGUUUUUUUGUGAUAACGUUGUACUUAAUCUCCUUAGGAUGAUUUGUAAGAAAUUGAUACUGAGAUUAGGAAAAACUGUUUAUUUUUCUUCUUUUUUAAGUAGUACCAGAGCACAAGUUACUGCAAAUCUUCAAAUGUUUAUGUAUACUAUCUUUUAGUUGUAAUUAAGGGUGCUAUUCGACCAUGACCAAAUAUUUAUAAACAAUUCGAUUCAUUUAGAUUAUAUCCAUCUAAUUAGUUCUGAUGUACAGCUGGUUCCUAAAAAAACUUUUUUUUUCUCUGAUUCUGGCCUUGGUUUAGAACUAGAACCUUUAGCCACGUAAUUGUAUAACUUAUCACUAACUCAGGUGUAAUGUGUAGUUUGUGUGUGUUGAGUAAGUGUCUUGUUACUUUGCAAAGUCUACGUCAUUGUCUUUGCAAAGAGACGCUAAUUGUAUCCGACCUAAAAAAACUGAUACGACUCUUAGUAAAAUUUGAUCAUUUUGAGCAGUGUAUUUGAUUGGUUUGACAUUAUAUAUUUAUUAUGACAGACAAAUAAUAAAAUAAACAAACAAACAACUGAUUACGUAUUAUGUUAAUUCAUAAAUUAUAAUAAUAAUUAUUAAGGUCUAAAUUUUGAUAUUAUUUUGAAUGCUUGCAGUUUUCGCAUCUUCAAAGGAUUCUCUUCUAAUCUCUCCAAAAGCGUACGAUCUUCAUGAGCGGUAGAUAUUUUUGGUCUUCCAGAACCUUGCUUUCUUUCGAGAGUUUCCAGAGAGUCUCCAUCUUUUAUUAAUAUUAAAAACUGUUGUUCUGCUUAUGUUAAAAUGGUUCUUUACGGCAGAUCGUGACCAGCCAUCUUCUAAUUUCGUUAGAAUUCUUGCUUUUAGUUCUUUGCUAGCAUGUGGAGCCAUUUUUUGAGGUUGAACAGAAUAAGUUAUCUGACAACUUUUAAAUUUUGGCAGUGACAGUAUGUAAACAGUAAGUAUUUAUCCUUCAAAAUACACUGCUCAAUUUUCUACAAAAUACGCGUUAAGAGUCGUAUCAGUUUAUUUAGGAACCAGCUGUACAUAAGAGACACAAAACAGGCCGACUUAGGAGUAUGAGUUUCUAUCAAAAUAAUAAUCCAUCAAGAAAUUGGAUUAGCGGGCACCUCUGGACCAACAGUUCCUACAGAGUGUUUAAUAACCACGUAAUAUUCAUUAUAUCAUGAUAGCUAGCUUCGCAUUUCGGUUGAUUCACGAUUUUCUGAAAGUCAGAAAGUGGUAUUGAUGCCCAAUAAACUGUGUGAGUGUGACUGAGAAAUGUGUGUCAAGCAGUUGAAGAGGUGGAUUCCAAAAGGUCUUAAGUCAAAAAAGUAAAUUUUUCAGGAACGAAUUUUUUCUAUGUUUAAGAAUAUAAUUAAAUGUUACUUUGGAAUAGAAUCAGUCAUGUAAUUUGCAGGUUCAUAUUCUUGUUUCAAGACAAUUUAAAGUUAGAUUUGAACACAAAAUCAUGGCUUUUCAAUGACAAUCAAGUCAGUGACUUAAGCACUUUUGGAAAACAUUACUGAUUUGUAAUCUGUAUAGUAUACUUGACUGUUAUGGCAUGAAUUGUUUUUCUAAUGUUAGAAAUGAUGCUCUAUAAUCAGAUACAACUAAAACCUCAAAAUGUGAAAAAGCCCUUUUGGAAUCCACCUCUUCAAUUAGGAACUACGAGAGUAAAAAAGUUCUUGGUGUAAUAAAAAAAAGUAUUUUUAUCAUUGCAAUCGUCUACUAUUUAAAUAUGAGUUGUUAAAACUAUUUUUGCAGCAAAUAUUAUAGUAAUUAUUCAUCAUCAUCAUUAGUAUUAUUAUCUUCAUCUACCAAUACAUCCUCGUUUUCUGAUGCUAUUUCAUCUUCUAUAUUAUCAUAAAAAUCGCUAGCAGUAACAAUUUUCUGUAACUAAGCCUCAGUAAAAUAUUUGCGGGCCAUAUCUACUAAGAAACUAUAAUAAUAUACGCCAGGAAAUAAUAAUAAUGACUAACUGUAGUAGACAGGAAUGUCAUGAUUCCUACAUAACAGGCACCACAGUCUAAAAAUAAAUUUUGAUAACGCGCAGUGUAAAACUACUUAGAAUUCCACAUAAUAGACGGUAUUUGACGAAACAUCAACUUAAGAAUAUAUGUUUUAUUCGUAAAAUACAGGGAUUUUUUUAUUUCAAAAUAUGAGGAUAUCUAGAAUGAUAUUAAAGUCAAAUUAAAAAAUAAUGAGUUAAAAAUUUAAAAUACUUUUGAAUUUAUUAAAGAAAAACAUACGCUGGUGUCCAAAUUUACCCCCCUUGGUCAUCCGAAGGUUAAGGACUAAAUAAACCACCAAAAGCAGAUACAACCGAUAAAAUUAUUAAUAUUUGAUCAUGGUAUAUUGGCCAGGUAUAUUUGUUUAAUAUUUUUUUAUAUGUUAGGUAUAAACAAUUAUAGCUAGGAUAAUAUAGUAAUAAUUUGUUGUGUAGAAAAGAGGCCAGUCUACAUCGGCUUUUUCUAAAUCUAGUCAAACGAAAUUAACAAUUGAUAGCCCAAAAUUUGCGCUGUGAUUUUAGAAUCCAGUCAACCCUUACACAUUUUUAUAUUUAUUUUUUGAUUGGAUGCAUUGACGUUUUUUAUAUAAAUAAAUUUGACCGUAGAUCUGAGCCUAUUUGUAAGAUUUGUGAACGUUUGCCAUCUAAUGCAAUUUAUUAGUGAUAUCGGCGCCAAUCAUAUGACAUUUGACACAAGUCGUGCUAAAAGGGCGGAGCUAAAAGUGACAUGAAAGGGACACAUUCUCAGACUUAAAUGCUCAAUUAUAUACAGUGAGCGCCACCAUACUAGACACAUAGGAACAUUGAGCUAUUACAAUCCUGGACCCUUCACUUGUUUCAAUGUUUAUUGUUAUGUCUAGUGACGUUUAGAACGUCAAAAAUGUAUAGAAACUCAAUAUUAACAUAGAAAUACUUACAUUUUAACUUAGACUGAGCGUCUUCCACGCUUCCUGACGACAAGAUCUUUUGGACUGUUCUGAUGCUAUCUCUUUUUAGCACAUUGUAUCGAGAAACUAACAUGAAACUAAGUGGGGGUAUAGACAAGGUAGGGGAGGACUAGUGUCAGCGUUAGUAUAUGUAAGAGUGAAACAGCACUGAUAAAAAAAUAUGGUGUCGUCACUUCGCUCAACAUGACACUCUGUCUAUGUUAAUAAUAAGUCUAUGAUUAUAUACUGCGAAUUAAUUAUACGUGCGUUUAAGACACAGAAGUGGAAUAUAAUGAAAAAUAUGUAAGUAAAGGAAAAAUUCCAAAAUAAAUAAAAUGGGAAGCUGAUGAGAAUUUCAUAGUGAGAAAAGGCAAAAGUAUAAUAAUUAAAGACAUUGGGGACUUGAGUGGUGAUUUUUUUAUUUCGUUGGAUAUAAUUUAUCUCUCUGAUACCUGACCUUUUGUAAAAUAGCCGCUGUCAAUGAAGAAAUUAUAGUCCGUCCGCUACAACUUUUCCCAUGCGGUACGAUUCAUUUUCAAUCAAAUUAAGUCAAAACAUAAAUUGAAACGAACGUCGAUGUGUAUAUACAUUUUGUAUACUGUAUACUAUAUACUACACCGGCCGAAGAAAUCCAGGCCGUAGAAGAAUGUCCUGGAUGAGAAAUUUGAGAGAGUGGUUUGGCUGUACCACUAACGAAUUGUUCAAAACAGCAGUAAAUAAAAUUAGAAUCGCCCUAAUGAUAUUCAAUCUCCGAUAGGAGAGGCACUCAAAGAAGAAGAAGAAUAUACUACACAAAUCGGCGUACGUUUCACUUUCUGUUUUGACUUAAUUUGAUUGAAAAUGAAUCGUACCGCAUGGGAAAAGUUAUUCGCGGUGUGCAAGUACUUGGAAAGGGAAACGAGAAACGACCGUGCGCGAGUCGCGGAGAAAUAUUGCAACUAUCUUAAAUAAUUCAUAUUGUCAAUUGAAAUUGUCAAAUUUACGUAUAUUUCAUACCUUCUGUCAUUGACUCAGAAAAAUUAUAUAUUGCUCCACAAUAUUGAUAUGAUAUGCAAUUAUUAUAUAAAGGUAAAUUUAAUUAAUUGUAUUUUGCUUGCAAUACUGCAUUUUAAUAACUGAUUUUAUUUACUACAUACAAUUGUUUACGUUUGAUAAACAUAACCUGCAUCUUAUUUUUUCUUUUUAUUAUUUUUUUGGACUAUGGUCUUGACAAUUAUCCAGCAACCAGGACUAAUAUAAUUGGCCAAUAUAAUUAAAAGUGCGAAAAAAAGUACAGAGCGUAGAAAUAGAGGUCGCUUUGCCGAACUUGCACGGUCCCAAUAGCGGACGGACUAUAUGUAUGUGGUACAAAUAAAAAUAUGCAUCUACUUUGAGAAAUAUUGCAGACAUAAUUGAAUUCCUAGUAUGAAAAAAGGUUAAAAGUAUAAUUAAAGCAUUGCAUAAGCAAGUUCGGGGUAUUUCUCUUUAUUAUUAACAAAGAACAACGUAAACAAAGGUGGCAAAUUGUUCACAGAUAUAUUUUGUAUUUAUGUGUAAAGACUGUUAACAGAUCUGGUGGAUAAUGAGUAUAUAUGUUUAAGAAAUUUAUAGGUUAACAACAUGUAUAGGUAUUUUCCUCAUAAAACUGUUACAUGUCAUCUCAUACCCAACGUCAUGCAACGUUGUAUUUUUCGCACAACGUUGCCGUAUUAUCGGGAAAGUAGGCGAUCGAAGGAUUUAUAGUUUUUAAUCCACGAAAUUUGCUGGUAGAAAUAAAAAAAAAUUGCUUAUUCACAAUAUUUUUAGUUCGCUUCAUAAAUUAGAGAUCCAUUGACGUACUGGUUGUUCAAUGAUAUUUAACAUAAAUUAUCGUUUUUUGAGUACUAAAGUUCAAGCAAUUGUAAGUAGAUAACUAUAUUUUUAUAUGUUUCUUUAUGCGAUAAAAUGUGUACGUAUAUUAACACUCACGAAUAUUCGUGUCAUUUCGUACUAUGAUGAUGUGUAACCGAUUUGGGAGGGAAAAUGUGUAUCUUGCCAUUAUGUAUAAGUAUUAUUUUGCUUAAAGCUAUUUACUCUUGUGCAGUACAGUAUUUUUGCCUAUGUGAUUUUAUGUAUAUUAUUUUUCUGUUUUGUUUAUAUUUAAGUAAGCUUUUUGUGCAAUUUCGUCAAUAAAUAUACAUACAGUGAA